CCACAAAUUAUCAAACAUCAACGGGGUAGACGUACGCUCGCGCGUGGACCUUUCCUUCUUCGCGAUUUUCUCUCCUAUCACCUCAAAAUCGUCCUCUCGCCUGCUAACGACGCUCGAAAUGCCGUUCCGCACGGCCAUGUUUGCCGUGAGAAACGUUUCACCGACUAAAUCUAUCGUCUACCAUGCCAUCGUAUUUGAGAUACGUUUUCUUCGACGUCUCCUUCGACCUCCUUAGAAAAAUCAACUCUACCAAUGUCCGGAUCACGCCCCCGAGUUUAGUGCUUUUCGAAAUAAGUUUAACUACGAGGUAGACUCUUCCUUUACGAUUAUUUGCGAUAGCAUCGGUGAAAACGCCAAGACUCGUGCAAGGUCUUUCGAGUAACAUACACGACGACGUAGCCCUCGAUUACCGUCUGCCCUCGAGUAUUUCUCUCUCUUUUUCUCUUUCACGUACGACACACACACACACACACACACACAGAGACUCACGCGUUCUCUUUCGCUCGCUCGUUAACUCCCUCACUCUUGCAUUCUAUUGCGCUCUUUCUCUCCUUCUUCGUAGCUACCUCCUCUUCCUUUCUCUCUCUCUCUCUCUCUCCAACUCUCUCUUUCUCUCCAUCUCUCUCUCUUUCUUUUUCUCUCUUCUGUACCAUGCACCUCGUGCCUAUCUCUCAACCCGCACGUGGGUUCAAUCUGGACUGCAUACAUGUACGCCACGUUGGCGUUUCAAAACAUCGCUAAUGAUGAUAAUGAUUAAUAGCAUCAAUUAAUGAUAUAUUUCAACUAUGAUUUUCCCAAAUGAGAAACUACAAGAGGGAGCGAAUAAAAUGUACUUUCUUUUAAUGAAAAUUCGCAAUGGAGCAACUAGGAGAAGGACAAGCGGUUGUUGUUGGGAGCACUGGUGGAACGGUACAAGUUGUUCAAAUGGGACAAGGAGGCCAAGCUAUGAUGUUACCUCAAGCUAUACAAGCUAUACAAGCUCCUAAUGGACAGAUUCAAGUUGUUCCAGUUUCAAGUCUCACUAACACAGGUCAACAAAUUGUUAUACAACAACCACAAACGCCUCAAAUUAUUCAAACUCCUGAUGGGCAGACUUAUAUUUAUCAACCCGUUCAAAUAGAAGGCCAAGUUCAACAGGCUCAACCUACUGUCAUAAACAUCAAUGGAAAUCUUAUGCAAAUAGCUGGCACUACUUCACAAACUACAACUACAGCUGCGACAACAGCACCUGUUCAACCAUUAGCCAGCCCUACAGCAACAGCAUCGCAAGCAGGAAAUGUUGUUAUGAUGGUACCAGGAAAUAGUGGACAAACUCAAUUUCAAAGAGUAGCAUUACCAAAUGCAGAAUUCCUGGAAGAAGAACCUUUAUACGUGAAUGCUAAACAAUACAGACGUAUAUUAAAAAGACGUCAGGCACGAGCCAAAUUAGAAGCAGAAGGAAAAAUUCCAAAAGAAAGACCAAAAUAUCUCCAUGAGUCUCGUCAUCAACAUGCAAUGAAAAGAAUUCGUGGAGAAGGUGGUCGUUUUCAUUCGGGUCAAGUGAAGAAACGGAAGUAAGUGCUUGUGCAUCGUAAAUUUGAACUUACAUCUCUCUUCUAUGAAAUAUAUAGUGUCGGAUUAUGCAUACAAGAGAGUAAUGGUUCCGGUAAAGUGAAUGUAAAAUUGCAUUGCAAAUUAUCUAGUUGAAUCAACACCAAAUUCUGUUGGUUACUAGAAUAAUAGAAGGUUGUAAAAUAUUAUGGUAAAAAACUUGAUAAUUCAAAACUAGUGUCAUCGGAGUAUAAACUAUAGAAACGUGCAUUCUCCUUGUAUACAUUUCAAUAUCAAAUGUGAAAUUAAUGAAGAAAAUACUAUUUGGAGUAUUGUGCGUGUGUAUAAAAAGUUCGAAGAGA